AAAAACGAAGGGACUGUUAUGUAAUUAACCAAAAAAUUGAAUGCAGAUAGGUGAUGGGAAGCAGGCCCCUUGGCCUGCUUGACUUAAUAGUUAUUCUUCUGUUCUUGUGGAGGGAAUGCAAGGAAGACGUUUUGAGAUGACAUUGCAGACACAGGGAAGAGAGAGAAACAGGAUUCCAUAGGAGAAUUACUCGCUUGAUUGAGGGAUUGAAGUGAAAUUUCUGGUUCAAAUAAAGAAAUAUGGGUUUGAUUUCGGGAAUUUUGAUGGGGACGAUAUUUGGGAUUGCAUUGAUGGCCGGAUGGCGUCACAUGAUGCAGUACCGAAGCACCAAGCGCAUCGGGAAGGCAGUUGAUAUAAAGCUUCUUGGGUCCCUCAAUAGGGAUGAUCUGAAGAAAAUUUGUGGCGAUAAUUUUCCUGAAUGGAUUUCUUUUCCUGUGUAUGAACAGGUGAAAUGGAUGAACAAGCAACUAAGCAAAUUGUGGCCAUUUGUUGCAGAUGCAGCGACAUUGGUAAUAAAAGAAUCUGUUGAGCCGCUCUUAGAAGAAUAUCGACCUCCGGGAAUAACUUCUCUGAAAUUUAGCAAAUUGUCACUUGGAAAUGUGGCACCAAAGAUUGAAGGAAUUCGUGUUCAGAGCCUUAAGAAAGGUCAAAUCACAAUGGACAUUGACUUCAGAUGGGGGGGUGAUCCGAGCAUCAUAUUAGGUGUUGAAGCUGCACUUGUUGCAUCAAUACCUAUUCAGUUAAAGGAUCUUCAAGUUUUUACUGUUAUUCGUGUUAUCUUCCAACUUGCGGAAGAGAUCCCUUGCAUUUCUGCUGUUGUUGUUGCACUGCUUUCAGAGCCAAAGCCCAGAAUUGAUUAUACUCUGAAGGCCGUUGGUGGAAGCUUAACAGCCAUUCCUGGAAUUUCAGAUAUGAUUGAUGAUACUGUAAACACAAUCAUUUCAGAUAUGCUUCAAUGGCCACACAGGAUUGUUGUUCCCAUUGGUGGCAUACCUGUAGAUACAAGUGAAUUAGAACUUAAACCACAGGGAAAGCUUACAGUGACAGUUGUGAAAGCAAAUGAUUUGAAGAACAUGGAGAUGAUUGGAAAAUCUGAUCCUUAUGUGGUUGUGCAUAUUCGACCACUAUAUAAGUACAAAACAAAGGUUAUUGACAACAACCUGAAUCCUGUUUGGAAUCAAACAUUUGAGUUGAUUGCAGAAGACAAGGAGACUCAAUCUCUUAUUCUUGAGGUUUUUGAUGAGGACAUUGGGCAAGACAAGCGAUUGGGCAUAGCAAAAUUACCUUUGACUGGGCUAGAAGACGAAACUCCAAUGGAUAUUGAUUUAAGACUGCUACCUUCACUCGAUAUGCUUAAAAUAAAAGAUAAGAAGGAUAGAGGAACCCUUAUGAUAAAGGUCUUGUACCAUGAAUUCAACAAGGAAGAGCAGUUGGCUGCUCUGGAAGAAGAGAAGAGGAUCUUGGAGCAGAGAAAGAAACUGAAAGAGGCAGGAGUCAUAGGGAGCACAAUGGACGCACUUGAUGGAGCAGCAUCUCUUGUUGGUUCUGGGGUUGGGCUAGUGGGAACUGGUCUCGGUGCUGGAGUUGGGAUUGUUGGGAGCAGCCUGGGAGCUGUUGGCAGUGGCCUGAGCAAAGCUGGGAAGUUCAUGGGCCGGAGUAUAACGGGGCAAUCUAGCAGCACUAAGAAGAGUGGCUCCACAACUCCAGUGAAUAGCGCCCAAGAGAAUGGUGGUGCCAAGCCACUCUAAGCUCCUCUGCAGAUAUGCUGGUGUAGUGUGUGAAUUUGGCUGCGUCCUUUCUUGGCCUCGAUGGUUGGAGUGACAUUAUGCCUUUGUUCAUUCUUUCUUUCUUUCUUUUUCCUUUUCUUUUUUUCUUUUCGGGUGUCUUCACCUGUGUCUUCUGCUAGUUUAAAUAUCUUCUGUGCCACCAAUAUAGUUGUUGUUUAAGUCUUAGCGUUGUUCAUCGCAUACUUGCGUGGUAGAUGUGUAUUAAAACUUUGUUUGAAAUUUGUUUCAGUAUAGUUGAAUCAACUUCAUCUACCAUAAAACUAUAUAUAUGAAUAAUUCAAAAUGAA